AUGGAGCUGUUCCUGAAGCUAGUUGCGCUGACACUCCGCCUGAUCAAUGCCGUACUCGAACCGAUCCUGACGUGGUUCGGUGGUCCUCCCCGGACGGAACCAUUUCCGGUGAUUGCAAAUGAGGUGUUGCGUGUGCCGGCCUCCGAACUAGCGGAAAGAAUACGUCAGCGCAAGAUUCGCUCGGUAGAUGUGGUACGGGCGUACGUAUUGCGAAUUCGCGAAGUGAACCCCCUAAUAAAUGCGGUCGUGGAGGAGCGCUUCGAGGCUGCGCUCGGCGAAGCAGCUGAAGCGGAUGAGCGGGUGGCGGCAUGUGGUGGUGCCGAACAAGCGCUGCAGGAAUUGGCCACCACCAGCCCAUUGCUCGGUGUACCGAUCACGGUGAAGGAAAGCUGUUCGGUGAAGGGUCUCUCCCUCAGUGGUGGUGUGGUGCGUCGUCAAAACUUGACGGCCGAAGAGGAUGGUGAGGCGGUGGGAUACGUGCGAAAAGCGGGAGCAAUUCCAUUGCUCGUUUCCAACACGCCCGAAUACUGCAUGGCGUUCGAGUCGUACAACAAUGUUACCGGUAGAACAUUGAAUCCGUACGAUCCACGCCGUACCUCGGCCGGAUCUUCCGGUGGCGAAGGUGCCCUAAUCGGGGCUGGUGCAUCUGUCUGCGGUAUCGGCAGUGAUCUCGGCGGAUCGAUUCGUAUUCCAGCCCUGUUCUGUGGCAUCUUUGGCCACAAACCAUCAGCAGGGAUUGUACCCAUCAAAGGUCACAUGCCCGUCUGUGCCGAUGCCCACUUUGACCAGUACCUGUCACUCGGACCAAUGUGUCGCUACGCUAAGGAUCUACCGUUGCUGCUCCGCAUCAUGAGCGGUUCGAACGCGGCUAAACUGCGACUAACCGAACCGGUCAACGUGGACGCACUGAAGAUAUACUAUCCGCAAAAGCUGGACUUUACCAUUAAUGCCGUUCCGAUCGCACCGGAAAUCCGGGAAUCGUUGCGCAGUGCGCUGAAAUACUUCCAGAACAAAGGCACCUACACGGAACCACUCAAUUUCCGAUACUUUUGUGACAGUAUGCAAAUCGCCUCGACCGCAUUACAAACGCUCAAGGAUGUGCCGAACGUAUUUGCGACUCAACGUCCGAAUCUGCUCUGGGAGUUGGCGAAGGUGGUGUUGCGCCAAUCAGAGCACACGUUCGCUACGAUCUUCAUGUAUCUGCUUUCUGCCUCCAAAGCCACCGUUAACGAGAAAAACCGCGACCGAUAUCUGCAAAUGGGGGCUGAGCUAAAGCAGGAGUUCACGAACAAACUUGGUACCGACGGUGUAUUUCUGAUGCCAUCCUUCCCGAAGCCGGCCCUGCGCCACUACGAAUCCUUCGGCCAUGUCACCGGCUUUAUGUACACGAUGAUUAUGAAUGCGCUCGGAUUUCCGGCAACGCAGGUACCCCUCGGGUUUAACCGUGAUGGGCUGCCCGUCGGUAUACAGGUGGUGGCUGGACCGAACCAGGAUCGACUGUGCCUAGCGGUAGCUCAAGAGCUAGAAAAGGCGUUCGGUGGUUGGCAGUCACCCAAGUAG